AUGGCGCACACAUUCCUACCGCUCGCCUACGCUUUGCUGCUCUCCGCGACCGCGCUCGCUGCCCCGGCGGUGAGCGUGUCGUCGGACGCCAGUACUGCCACCGCAGCGGCCGCCGCACCCGCGGAGACCGUACCGCUCGCGAGUGACAACGCGAACGGUAUCCUCUGGCUCCCCGACACCAACAUCAUCCCACAGGCUAUGCGCGGCCCACUCGGCGCCAAUAUCCUCGGCCCCCAGAACAUCCCCAUCGAUCGUCAGAACGCCGACCUCUUGGCCCCUCCGACGACCGACGCUGGUAACGUUCAAAACGCCAAGUGGCCGUUCAGUCUGAGCCACAACCGCCUGCAAACCGGCGGGUGGGCGCGGCAACAGAACCAGGACGUCAUGCCUAUCGCUACAUCCAUGGCGGGUGUGAACAUGCGUCUUGAAGCAGGAGCCGUCCGGGAACUGCAUUGGCACAAGACCGCUGAGUGGGCAUACAUGAUUAGUGGCUCUGCACAAAUUACUGCCGUCGAUGCCGAUGGUAAAAACUUCAUCGGCAAUGUUCGUCAAGGGGACCUAUGGUACUUCCCUCCUGGGAUUCCCCACAGCAUCCAAGCACUCAACGACUCGGCGGCCGGCACCGAGUUCUUGCUGGUGUUCGACGACGGCGCCUUCAGCGAGGACUCCACGUUCUUGCUCACCGACUGGCUGGCACACGUUCCCAAGGAAGUCAUUGCCAAGAACUUCCAGACGAGCAUAUCUGCCUUCGAUCACAUCCCCGCCCAGCAGCUCUACAUAUUCCCAAGUACCCCUCCGCCCGACAACAACCAGGUACCCAAGAGCCCGCAGGGGACGAUCCCGAACCCCUUCACGUUCUCCCUGUCCCAAGUCAAGGCAACAGAGCUUUCCGGGGGGACGGUCAAGAUCGUCGAUUCAUCGACCUUCACGGCCGCCACUGCGAUCUCCGCGUCUGAGAUCACUGUCGAGCCCGGAGCGAUGAGGGAACUCCAUUGGCAUCCCACCCAAGACGAGUGGACUUUCUUUAUUAGCGGACAAGGUCGGGUCACCCUCUUUGCGUCGAGCGGCAACUCGCGGACUUUCGACUACGAGGCCGGUGAUGUUGGCUUCGUCCCAGCAUCCUUCGGUCACUUUGUGGAGAACACGGGGAACACGACGCUGCAUUUCCUUGAGAUCUUCAACUCAGGCCGCGUGCAAGAUAUCAGCCUCAGCCAGUGGCUGGCCUUGACACCGCCGGACCUGGUGAAAGCUCAUCUGCAGAUCUCCGACGAGACUAUCAGCCACCUGAGCAAGACCAAGCCGAUUGUUGUCGGCCCACAGUAA